GUCCCUUUGCUCUGUUCUUCAUCCGUGUCAUGUGAAGCAGUUAUUUUAUCCCUUACUUUCUCCAGAUCCAAACAUCCUGUUUUAUGAACUACUCUCUCCUCUCUCUCUCUCUUUCUCUCUUGUUGUGAUUUAAACGUCUGCUGUGAAAGCUUAAGGCAAUUCCAAUCUCUAUACCAUUUAAACCAGGUUUAUGGUUAAUCUCUCUGGGCCCUCGUCAAUGACUGGAGUUGAAAACUUGAAAUGAGAUUUAUAAUGUGUUGGAUACCAUUAAGGAAGGCCAUGUGAGCUGUUUUGUACCAGAGUGCUUGCAUUUGUAGUUUUGAUUGGCUCUGUGGUUUUAUUCUUGUGCACAAAAUGGGUAAAUGCAAGGGUUGCGGAAAAUUAGGAAGAAUGGUGCCAAGGGAUGAGUCGGUGAAUGUUUACCAUUUUUCUCUUUUGCUAUCUCCUGUUGUUUCUGUUUGGGAUUGUGUUGUGCGGAAGAUGAGGUAUUCCUUCAGACCUGAGUGGGUGUAGUUGUGAGGCUUCUGAGAUAUUAUAAGUUCUUCUAUACUGAAAUAGUUAGUAAAUUAUUAAGGUAUUAAACAUAGGAAAUACAAGAUAGAGAAGGAAACAUAAUCAUAGGGAAAUGUACAAGUUUUAGAGGAUUUCUUUUUAAGGUAAAAAAGUAGAGCAAACAGGUCAGUAUUCAUAGGUUGGUUGUUUUUCAUGGAUAGUAUAGCGUGUAAUAAAGUGCAACCUGUUGUGAGGAAAGUGAAGAAAAAGCAGGUGAAAGGUGAGUUGGAUCGUCUCAAACAGGCUGAGAAGAAAAAGAGGCGCUUGGAGAAAGCACUUGCUACUUCUGCGGCCAUCAUAUCUGAACUAGAGAAAAAGAAACAGAAAAAAAAGGAAGAACAGCAAAGGCUUGAUGAAGAAGGCGCUGCAAUAGCAGAGGCUGUUGCUCUGCAUGUGUUACUUGGUGAAGACUCUGAUGAUCCAUGUAAAAUUGUGCUAAACGAAGAAGAUGGGUUCAACACUUGGCACUGUGCUGGUAGUAUCAACCUCCUUAUGGGGGAGCAGAGAGCAUGCCUUCCGCAUCAGGACUGCUUAAGUCAUUCACAUGAAAGAGUCAAGUGGAUUUCCAAUGCUUGUGGAACUGGAAGCGAGUGGAGUAAAAUGGAAAACGGCAACUGGGCAUUUUCAUGUGGGUCUUUUAGAAGAGAUUUUCAUGCGCCAUGCUUGGAGGAUGCAAGUUGGGGGACAACAGAAUUCUCAGCUGAUGUUAUUGCAGCACAGGCUGUUUCAUCACUCCAGAUUGCGGAGGAUGCACACGUUGACACAAUUGUCUUUGAUGGAAUGGUGGGAUGAUAGAUGGAAAGCACUCUGUUGCCCAUUAAAUUGAGUCGUGAUCUUGGUAGAGAGAAUAAUGGUAUUGUAUAUAGUUCUUUUAAGUCCCGUCUUUGUUUAUCAGAUCCGUAUGUUGGUGCUUCUACUUUCAACAAGUGUUGCAUUAUUGUUCUUCCCGUGUUGUCCUUUACUUGUACAAAGAUUGGUUGCGCGUGAUAGAGUUUUCCUCAUGGGUUGAAAAACUGUUGGUAUGAUGUAUUGUUUGCAUGUGGAAUGACUUUUCUAAGUUUCUUUUAGUA